AUGGAAAUGCCAGGAGAUGGUAUGUGUAUCACCAUACGUGUGGUAUGGCUGACCAUGGACCGGCUCAGAAGUGGCCGAGACAUUCGCCUCUCGGCCGCGACCAUGAGAGCACUCAACUCUCGACGCCCACGGUCAUCCACGAGCAUCCAUCGUCUCGUGCCUUAUACUAUCUACCUUCUUCUUCUGCUUUGCAUCCUUCACGACGUACAAGCGCGAAGUGUGCUUCAUGAUGACAGCGACAUCGUUGCGGAUCAAGUGCACGGUCAAAUUUCGGAGCCUUUCGUGGAGGUGAGUGACCCCGAGUCUGACGGCGUGGAGAACGCGAAUCAAGCGCAAAGAAAGACCUUGAUAAAAACAGAAGAAUACGUUAACGACGAGAAUGUUAGUGAGGAAGAAAGGAAAAAUCCAGCGGUAGAGAUAUUCAUCGAGGAUCCUGACAAGAUUCAAGUCGAAGCCGUUGGUGAUGAAGGUAGCGUGGCGAAAAAACGGCGGAGGAAUGAUGUGAGUCUUCCUGGUAAGUUUGUGUUGCAGGAUAAGGAGGAGAAUGUGCAAAAGGACGAAGGUAUUCGACGAUUUGAUGCCCAGAUCGAGUCCGAUGAUAUUGAGGAACCGAGUCAACGAAAGAUUUUUGAUAUCAUCGCGAAUGUCCCGAAUUCACAAAGAGACGCUAUUGAACGUGAGAAGCAACUAGUCAAUGUCGAGCAAUCGCACGCGGAGAAGAACGUAAAGUCUAGCGAUGAAGAAGGAAAAAAGUAUGCAGAGAUUUCCCCCGACCUUCGAAAGAAUUUGGAAAACGUCGCGAGUUUGGAACAGACAGAGAAAGUAGAUUUAAAUAAAAAAGAGACGGGACGAAUCGAAAAUUCGGCGAAAUAUAAUUUAAAUGCAGCACAAAUCGAGAACGUUGAUGGCGCAAACGAGGAAAUACAUAAUGACCUGCGAAGCUUGAAACUUGUCCAUGCGAACGAAAGUAAAAGGAGCCAAGAGAAGCAUAUCGCCGAUGAGACUCCAAAUAAUGAGAAUAUCAGUGUCCAAAAUCUCGAUCCAAACAGAGAGGAUAGACACUUAGCUAGUGGUUUGGCUAAGUCCAAGUAUAAGAGUUCAACUGUUUACUUGAAUGCUGAAGAAGGCAAUUCGCCUGGUAAAGAGCAAGAAUCGAUCGUGAACGGUCAGAUAAAGAAAUUGAUAUCCAUACGAGACGACGCUCUAGAAUCUGUUGAUAAUAAUGCGACACAAUCGGAAAAAGUUGAUCAAGAAAGUCUUCUUUCGGAAAAAUUAAUCGAGAUUGAUAUCGUUGAAAAAGACGAAGAGAUUCGCAAUCAACGUAGCAGUGAAGUGAAAGAUAAAUCGAGUCAAAGUGAGAAUAUUGAUCAAUCAAUAGAGGUGCCUAACCGUCUUGAAAAAUGGAAGGUUCAAGCAACGUUGUUUCAGGAACAAAUCAAGAAUAGAACGUUUCUUCAAUAUUUAAGGGCUCAAACAACUGAGGUGUUUUCUGAUAUUCCGAAAUUCACGGAAAACCAAUUGUUGGCAACUUUGGAAAAUAUCGCACUAUCGCAGAAAUCAGCAUCGAAUGAAACGUAUCUUGCCAAUUUGAACGCAACUGAGCUAAGCAAGAAUCAAUUAGAAAUAAUAAAAUGUGCCGAGCAGUUGAUAGAAACAAAGCAGCGACAGUCCUUCGUGGCGAACGUGGCAGAGUGCAUUCGCAAUCUUAGUGUUUUUAAUUGUUUGCGCAUCUUUGUCUGGCCUAUCGUACUCGAUAAUCUUCCGGAAUCAGUCAGCCAGUCUCUGAACAAUUUACCGAUUGAGAUAAACUUGAUCGAUUUGUUUCAGGGUAACAGAACAAAGUCUGCGAGAUCGGAAAGCAGCGUCCAUCAUCCGAGAUUGUUAACACCGGAGUCUGUCGUCUUCAGUAUUUUGAGCGGAGCCUUGGAAUCGAUAGCCACCUAUGAUCUAGCACCGACUUUUAUCGAUCCGAAAAAUGAAACUCUGAGAAGACUUCUCACUAUCGGUCAGCUUCAGAUUCUUCAGAUGGCCGAGAAACUUCUACCUGGUGAAAUACGCCGCGAGUACUCCGACCGGAUGUUCUCAUGCGUGCGCAGAUUCGAGUAUUUUAGCUGCGUCAAGUAUUUCGCUUGGCCGAUGGUAAAGCAAUAUUAUCCAGCUCUACCGGCUUUCCCGGAUUAUCAGAGUUGGUAUCCGUCUAUAGCAUUGUACCCGCAAUAUCCCAUCGUUCCGUUUCCAAGUUUCGCGGAAACCUCAGGUGAGCUUCCAGAAGUCAUAGAGGCCGACGCUACGAGAAUGCGAAAACCGGAAGCGGUAAUUAUCAAUAUUCUUCAAAAUACCCUGAAGGAACACGCAAAGGCACCGCCUCCUUCUAUUGUUCAUAACGCUGAUUACGUUGCUCUACUUUCUCCAGAACAAUUAUUAUCGAUUCAGAUGGCCGAACAGCUUCUUCCUAUUCCUUAUCGACCAGAAUUUGUUCAAAAAACCGUGAAAUGUAUUCAGGAAUUAAAUUAUGUAACAUGUAUCAAAUAUUCUACGUGGCCAACGAUCAAACAGUUAUAUCCCAGUCUACCAGACAUUUCCGGUUGGAUAACCGAUAACUGGCAGUUGCCCAGUGUUAUCGGUUUUCUGCCGGAAUUUCAGCUGUCGCAAUUUCAGCUGCCAAAUGUAUUUAAUAUUUCCUCAUUUAUACCAUCAUUACCAGGAAUUGGUAGCGGAGGAGAUACAACCACUGAGCAAUCACCGGAAUCGGGUAAUACUACUCCAGAAGGAUCGCCUAGUCGUCUUUCCACAAUCUUGUUACGUCAAAAGGAAGCAUCUUCUAAAGCAUCCAGCGAAUUAGAGAACAAAGUCACGGAAAUUUUAACGGGAGUACGUAAAUCUUUGAAAAUGUCAACGUUGGAAAAUACGCCUGUGAUCAUUAGCGGAAAUAUAAUAAUUUUAACGAGCAUUACCGAGAAACAGAUCAACAUAAUAAAGUUAGCGGAAAGUCUUGUACCACCUACAGCACGGGCUGCUCUCGUUGCACAAGUUUUAUCUUGUCUUCAGAACAAUGAAUUUAUCAACUGCACAAAGAACGUAAUUUGGCCUGCAGUUGCUCUUUAUGUUUCUAACUUACCAGAAUUUCCUGAUUUGCAACAACCUCCGCAACAAGAAGAUCAAACGUCGUUAAAGGACAAGAACGCUUUGCAUUCGAAUAUAAAAAGCCAGCAGGAAUGGGAUAAAUUGCAAAACGAAGCGAAUUCUAACGUGAAGAUUAUUUCUAGAACGAAAUUUCCGCAAAGUAAUAGUCCUGUGAUAAGCGUGACCGGUACUCGAUUUGUGCCGAUAUUUACAGAACAUCCCGAGUCGGUGAUACUCAACAUUCUCAGGUCAAUCCAGCUGUCAUCGCCAAAUGUACGAGAUGAUCACCAUGUCAAGCUUGCUAGUACGUUGCGAUUAGCAGAUUUGCUUAACGAUCGGCAGUUGAAUAUUGUUAAUACAACAGAAAGCUUGUUACCGGAUGCAGUUCGUCCUGGCUUCGUCAAUCGGAUGACAGAAUGUAUUCGCAAGAAUAAUUUUUUGACUUGCUCAAGAAAUGUAUUGUGGCCUGCUUUAUUGGAAUAUUUCCCUAGGUUGCCCAACUUCCCAAAUUUCGGAGCGCAACCUCAAACGAGCAAUGUUAAGCCUGUCUUACCGCAGAAUCUGACUGAUUCAUCACCAUUUUCAGAGACUGAUGUUAAGGUUAAUCAGCACGGAGACGCUACUGUUACUAUCACUGACACCAGAUUCUAUCCCGUUUUUUCGGAACAUCCGGAAGGUGUGAUUCUGAAAAUUCUCAAGGCCGUACAGAGCUCCACAUCGGGCACUUUGUACUCCAUUACCUCGAAAUUGCCGGAAACGAAGAAUUACUUUACGGAAGAGCAGGUUAACAUUGUUCAUGUCGCGGAAAGCCUACUGCCGGAAUCGGUGAGAUCAGUUUUCGUAGAGCGAAUAGUUAAUUGCGUUCGAGAAAAUUCAUUUCUCCAUUGCACGCGAGACAUAACUUGGCCAACUAUCGCUCAAUUCUUUCCAAGACUACCGAAUUUCCCCGACUUUGGAAGUCAAAACGUGCUGAGAUCGAAACUCGAUUCAUCGUCGAUUUUGCUACGAAAUACUUAUUCAGAGAAAGCAACGUCUAACGAAAAUACAUCGAAGAUUGAUGUUGACGCGAUCGAAGAUAGAAUAGAAAGUAUAUUAAAAGAAUUGAACAAAGAUUCGACGUUUCGUUUUGAAGGCUCUUAUUUAGACAUCAAUAAUCCUAUAAUAAACGAUCUUUUGACUAUUCGAGAAAGAAACAUCGUCAGAUUAACAGAGAGAGCGAUACCGGAUUCGAUACGUCCCACAUAUAUAACCAACAUGCUGGAGUGUAUAAGGAAUAAUAACUUUAUAACUUGCACUCAGCACAUUACUUGGCCGACCUUGAAACAAUUUUCACAAUUUUUACCGAACUUUGAAGAGCUGUUCGGUCAACUUCCAAUUCCCGGAUCGGGUCAAGGUAUUAAUCAGAUUCCAGGCAUAAGUCAACUUCCUGGCGUGGCAGGUCAAAUUCCGAAUUUUCCCGGAACUUUCGCUGAAGGCUUACCUAAUUUACCUAGCUUACCUAGCUUGCCUAACUUACCUAAUUUUCCUUCAUUUCCCCCUCAAAUGUUACCAGGUGGGAUUCAAGUUCCUCAGGUUCCAGGACUUUCUAGCUUUGGCAGUUUAAGUUACCCGCAGUUUACAAUCUUAUCGGAUGCAUCACAGGAACCAAAGUCACAAGAACAGACGAUUCUUCAAUCGACAGUAGCAAAUGAUAAGAAGACAAACCAGAUAAGUGGAAUAUCGAGAGCUGCAAACACUCCGUCAGUAGGCGAACAAGGAGUCGUUCCUGGAUAUCUGGGACAACCGUCGGACAUUCUCAUAGAUAUUUCUAAAGAGAAAAUCCAAUUAUCCGAUAUUCGGCAACAAAAAGAUUCGAAAUUUGUUCCUGCGGAUUUAUCGUUCAAGAAACAUGAAAGAAAAAAAAGAAAUGCCGAUCAAUUAUUAAAUUCUUACUACGAGAUCGACGAAGAGAUUGAACCUAUCUCAGAAACGAUGAUAAAUAACACGUUUCCGAAUAUCACAGAAUCUGAAUUUCUUCAACUUUUAGUUAAUAUUUCGAAUUUUAGGAAAGCUUUAAAAAACAAACCCCCCGAGAGUCCAAAGGAAUAUUUCGUGGAUACAUUAAAUUCUACGGUCAAGAAUUCUCUGACAGCCGAUCAAUACGAGAUCUUAAAAAUGGUAGAAGAUUUUAACGAGCACACCGCGAAUCGAGGUUUUAUGACUCAGGUAGCUCAGUGCAUACUCAGCUUGAGUUUCAUCAGAUGCGUAGGUAUUUUUGUUUGGCCCAUGAUUGUCAAUGCCGUGCCAUCUUUGAUCGGUUUACCGUCCUUGCCAUCAUUGCCUGGUUUCGGCUUUCUUGGAAGAUCAACAGAAACCGAAGUAGAGCGUUUCUUUGGCAUGUCCACGAAUAAUUUCGAGAAGGAACUGUUAAUGAGAAAAGAAUCCACGGAAAAUAUUCUUUUAGAUUGGUAUAAGAAAGCGAUGGAGGAUAAAUUUCAGACGAAUCUAGGUUUUCUGACAAUCAAGGGCUAUGGAAAUGGCGAACUGGGCAUCAGUUUCAGUGGAUUCCGCGAGGGUAGAGCUACGAAGAUCAAAGACAACAAGAAUUUACCGAGUAUACUGACAAUUAUUAGCGACAUCAUGGAGGAAGUACUGGAUCAACGACCGGACAAUGAAAAACUUAAAAAGGAGAAGGAAAAGAGAGAGAGAAGCCUAGUCGAUGUGCAAGAAACAGACUUUCAAUUUUUGAAAGACAGCGACGAGUACGCGGACAUUAAGCGAUCUAUAAAUGAUGAUCAGAUAAUCACAAUGUUUCUGGAUAAGAUCAAGGCCAAUGCGACGGAUUUUGCUGAUGGUAAUAUUGCUCAAUUCCUCAAUGCGGAAGAUGCUUAUAAUGCUUUUGGCGAACUCUUUGGAACUCGCUUGAACGAAAAGUUUGCAGACAGAUUAAAGAUUUUCACCGAGGAAAAUUUGAAGAAAAAUAAUCCUGAGGACCAUGUGACGGAAUUAAACGCAGAAGAACUAAAAGUAAUACCCUUAAAAGGAGAGAUAGCUUACAAUCUCGAAAAGGAGUCUACAGAGAGUCAUGAAGAACGCAAAAGAGAACAUCGCGCAAAGGAAUUCAGAUCUUUCAUCAAUAAGUAUUCUGAUAAGCUUGUAAGGAAAUUGGAGAAAAUCGAAAAUUCAGAAAACGAAAAUAAGAUCACUGAGCCAUUCCUCGACAAGAAAACGCAUUCGGAAUUGAGAAUUCAGUUGCCACGUUUGCGAGAAGACAUUAUGUCCAGGAAAAUUACGAGCGCCAUGAUACAUCUCGGAAGAGAGCUGAAGAUGAAGAUGACCGCUAUGAUGCCUGGGAUCGGUUUUAUAAUAAGCUUCCUCAUUCAAACAGCUUUAGCUCAUGCGAGAGCCGCCGCUUCUAUAGCUGGAAUGAUUAGUAAUAUGGCCCUUGCAUCGGCUAUAUUCGGUAUGCUUCGCCAAAAUUUAUUUGGAGAUGAAAAUCAAAAGAUUAAAUACGUCUACGACAAUGAUAAGACCGGUCCGGGUAUUACAUGGCCACACCAUUAUAGAUCCUAUCAUAAUGGAAAUUAGUAUGGAAAAUAGUAUUGAUUCGCUUGAUUAAAUCCAUUUAUCCUAUUUUGAUGUAAACUAUAUUAAAAUCUUGUACUAAGUAUCUCGUUAUAAGAGUAUUAUUAAUACAUUAAUACAAUCACUGUUGUUUCCUCACAGUUUAAAUCAAAUCGAAUUUUAUAUUGGAUUAGCUUUAACUUUCACAUUAAUAUCACAAGAUAGUUUUGAGAUAAUUAUAUGUUUUAGUUCAAUGCAAUCUUUGCGUUAACAAAUAUUUGCAUUAUUAUUUCCUGAAAAUAAAAUCAGACAAAAUUAGACAUAAAAUUUUGUACGCAUUUUAUGCGUAUAUGUCUUAUAAGUUGUCGAUAAAGUUAAUCUUACAUAGUAAUACAAGCUUCGAAAAUAGAAUAUAUAUUCUUUAAAGUUAGAAUAUAGAUAAUUUAAAACCUGAAGAAACGGUAUUUUUUUCCUAGAUAAUUGUGGAAACAUCCCUCGCAAAUGAAUUGUGAAAUAGGAAAAAUAUAUACCAUUUCGCAGGAAGUAUUUAUUUCAUUGUCAUGGGGUUUUACGGUGGAGGGUGACAUUUCUUUCUUAAAGAUCAUAUAACAAGUAUGGCAUUAAAAAUGAUGCGAUUAUACUACAGAAUAGAUAUUGAACUAUUAGCAUAGAUUUUAAAACUGACGAAAUAUGCUCUUUAUGCUAUUUGAUUGAAAAUAAAUGA